UUUAGAUUUUGGUGCUUUUGUCUCAAUGUUAUUUACCCUUCUUCUUUUUCUUCUUCUUCUUCUUCUGUGUGCACGGCCGGCCGAUGGCCACCCCGCCCCACCCAGGCCUGUCUCUGGUGUCCGUGCUAUCUCUGAUAGCAUGUAGCGGCCAGCUGUUAGCCGCGGUGCUGCUAGCACGUUGCUACGGCGGGCGUAGCUCGGCAACGGACCGCUGGGUCCUCUGCUGGCUCUUCUAUGAUGUCAUCGUCCACCUGACUCUGGAAGGACCAUUUGUCUACAUGUCUCUUGUUGGGACCGUGGAGACGUCUGAAGGACCUCUGGCUGAACUCUGGAAGGAGUACGGGACAGCAGACAGCCGCUGGCUGGUUUCUGAUCCCACCAUCGUCUCCAAGGAGAUCCAUACGGUCGGCCUCGGCUCUCUGCUAGGAGUACUUCUGAUACACGCAGUACUACGGGAUAAAUACUACAACUAACAUGUACACUUCCUGCAGGUGUAUCUGAGCGUGGGCGAGCUGUACGGUGGCUGGAUGACCUUUGCUCCUGAUUGGCUGCAGGGCAGUCCUCACCUGGACACCACUUCCUGUCUCCACCUGUGGCUCUACCUGGUCUUCUUUAACGGGGUCUGGGUCCUGGUCCCUGUGCUGCUGCUGGUCCAGUCCUGGCUCGCUCUCAGGAGUCUGCACGCACUCAGUACGCACUUAGUACUACAACCAAUCAGAGCAACAGAUAGACAUACAACCAAUCAGAGAAACAGAUAGACCUACAACCAA